AUACAUUUUUGUUGCACAUUACAAUAUAGGCUUGUCAUACAUUACAAAUCUUAAUUUAGAGCAUUACAUUAAGGGGAAUGGUGAAGUUCCUCGUAUUAUAACCUAAUUAAUUCCCGUGCUAUUAAUGCAUCUGAUGUGCCCAGUGCAACUAUAGUCGAUUAAUGGUUAAUAGCGGCUGGCAUACAAAUAUUGCUGCCAACUUGACAAACGGUAGAACCAGAGCAAAACCCAAGAUCUCUCGUAGAACUACAGAAAUUCCUGCCCACACUUUCACUUCCUCUGACCUACUGUACUUCCUUUCCCGCCCCUAAGAGCGUAUGGUGGCAAUACAACCAAUGGUGAGCUUCCCUCUUUUAAAAUAUUUAAAUAAGCAUGCAGGACUAUGAAUAUUGAUCGUUUCCAGUAGCAGGAGUACGCUCCAGCCUUUCACAUUUUAGUAUGGCCAGGAUGAAAUGAGAAGUACACCAUUAACUUCAUAUUACCCUUGUUAUCUAUAAAGAGUCUAUUAUUCCGAACCGAGAGAGACAUGUUUCGAGUUUACAAGGAAGAAGCGACCAUGGCUUCCAGGGACCGGCGGUCCGACCUGCACAUCAAGGCGGAGCCCAGCAGCCCGGAGGGCGGCGGCGGUGGGCGGGCCAGCCCGGGGGGCGCCUCCUCCGACUCCUCCCAUAGCGGCGGUGGGGGCAACCGGGGCGAGAACGCCGGGCGCUACUCCCCGCCCCUCAGCACCCCGCCCCUGCGCUGCCACUUCAAGGAGGAGGGCGGGGACGGGGGGGAGGAGGGCUCGACGGGGAGUGGCGGCGGCCGGUGCAAGUACGCUCUGAGCACGCUCCCCAAGCGGCUGUGCCUGGUGUGCGGGGACGUGGCGUCGGGCUACCACUACGGCGUGGCCUCCUGCGAGGCCUGCAAGGCCUUCUUCAAGAGGACCAUCCAGGGUAACAUCGAGUACAGCUGUCCGGCGUCCAACGAGUGCGAGAUCACCAAGAGACGGCGGAAGGCCUGCCAAGCCUGCCGCUUCACCAAGUGCCUGAAAGUGGGCAUGCUCAAAGAGGGUGUGCGUCUGGACCGGGUGAGAGGGGGCAGACAGAAGUAUAAGAGGCGCCCGGAAGUGGAGACCGCGUCCUACCAGCCUCCCUCACUCCCUCUGAAGAAAGAGGGCGACCGAGGUUCCUCCAACAUCAUCGUGUCCCACCUGCUGGUGGCCGAGCCGGAGAAGCUGUUCGCCAUGCCGGACCCCCUGCAGCCGGACACCGCCCUGCGCACGCUCACCACGCUCUGCGACCUGGCCGACCGCGAGCUCGUCGUCAUCAUCGGCUGGGCCAAGCACAUCCCCGGCUUCCUGUCCCUGUCCCUGGCAGACCAGAUGUCUGUGCUGCAGUCGGUGUGGCUGGAGGUGCUGGUGCUGGGGGUGGCGUUCCGCUCGCUGGGCUGCGAGGACGAGGUAGUCUUCGCCGAGGACUUCGUCCUGGACGAGGAGAUGUCCCGCCUGGCCGGCCUCACCGAGCUCAACGGCGCCAUCAGCCAGCUGGCCCGCCGCUACCGAGCGCUGCAGCUGGACCGCGAGGAGUUCGUCAUGCUCAAAGCCAUCGCCCUCACCAACUCAGACUCAGUGUACAUCGAGGACAUGGAGGCGGUGCAGAAGCUGCGGGACCUGCUGCACCAGGCCCUGCUGGAACUGGAGUCUCAGCGGCGGCCGGAGGACCCCCGGCGGGCCGGCCGGCUCCUGCUCACCCUCCCCCUCCUCCGGCAGACCGCCGGCCGCGCCCUCACCACCUUCUACGGCAUCAAGACCCGCGGAGGCGUCCCCAUGCACAAGCUCUUCCUGGAGAUGCUGGAGGCCAUGAUGGACUCGCCAUAGGGAGGGGAGGGAGAGAUGGAAAGAAAAAGGGAAGAAUGUGUAAGAAAAAGAGAGCAGGAGAGGGAUUGGGUGGGGGGGGGGGCAGAUGGGGGUUAGGCCUGACGUCAGAGUUAGGGGAACAGGAAGUCGAGAGCCAGUUUGCAGGAAACAGAUUGAGAGUUUUAGGACUGACUGUGGCGUUUUGGGGAGCAAAAGGACAGGAAGGGCCGACAGUAACUGAAGCUGUUUUGGACAUUUGGAUGCCGUAUUCCUGACCGAAGACGGAAGAAGAAAAGAGAAUUUUCGAAGAUGUGUACUGUUAUAAUAUGUCCUUAUGAAGUGGCACUGGGGAGAAUGCCAGUGGUGGAGAUGGCCUGUGUUGGCUUGUAUUAUUUAAACCAUCAAGGACUGAGGUCAGAGAGAGAAACACACACUGACUCUCCAGGUAACCGUAUCCACCUCAGUAAGCCAGGAGAGCGUGUGUGUAUGCGUGUGUAAAAGAACACAUAUAAAGGCAUAGAAAUGUUACUUUGAGGAAAUACUUAUUCAAAAAAAAAAAAAUUCAUCCAGACAGCUAUUUUUUUCCACAGUAGAAAAUUGUUA